AUGGCAUGGCAGCACCACGACUUCAAGGACGACCCCAGGACCGCCAGGGCCGGCCACAGCGCGACGGCGGUGGGGAAAUACGUGUACGUCUGCGGCGGCCGGCGAGGGGGCCACUUCUUUCAGGACCUGAUCCGUUAUGACACGGACAGCAACACCUGGGAGACGAUAUACGAGGAGCUACCCUUUGUGGCUCGCGCCAACCACACCGCUACCUUGGUCGACGAGGGCGUGAGCGGAGGCAAGGAGAUCUGGCUGGUUGGUGGCCAGACCAAUGAUGACGUGGUGGCGGACUGCUGGGCGCUGGAGCUGGGAGGCAACCAGUUUGCCUGGCGGCAGGUGCAUGUCAGGGACGAGCGGUGCCUGCUGAUGCGCACAGCGCACACCGCGGAGCUGCACCCAAGGCACCCAAAUGAGAUCCUCAUCUUCGGUGCGCCCCCCGUGCUGGCGCCUGGCUGA